CUUCUCUGGUGCAGCUCCUGCCUUCUGCAACCUCUCGCAGACCUCAGAGCCACUGAGGAGGGCAGGCGCCCCUGGGGCUCUGCCCCACAGCAGCAUGUGGGGGAAACUGCCCUUGGGGGUUGUCUCCCCUUAUGUGAAGAUGAGUUCGGGGGGCUGCACAGACCCCCUGAAAUUUUAUGCCACCAGCUAUUGCACAGCCUACGGUCGGGAGGGGUUCAAGCCCCGCACAGGCAGUCAUAAAGGCACCGGCUACAUAUCAAAUUUCCAUCCUAUGGUCUCAUAUCAAACCAGUCUCGGUGCCCUGGACAACCGAGCCAUGGGGGAACAAGUCCAGGACAAUAUCCAGACAGUAACCAGUCAGAGUUACCGCCCUCUAGAAGUACCUGAUGGCACAUACCCACUGCCCUCCAAUGCGUACCAGAGCAGCUCUGGCUACUCUAGAGAGAAGGUCAAUUCAGUGCCCCCCACCAAGGAGGUCAGGCAGGUCCAUUUUGACACCCAGGACUACGGGGCCCAGGCCAUCACGGGGCUGGAGCCUAAGCACAUGCCGCUGCUCCACCAGCAGCAGAGCAAGAACUCACUGGAGAGGGAGAACCACCGAUAUGGCCCACGCUUCAUGACUUCUGAGUACAAUUCCAAGUAUCUCAAGGAGCCUUCAAACCAGCCAGAUCUCUUGCAGAAGAAAUCAAUUGGUGCCAAGGAGGAGACAGGCUUCACCAAGGAAUCCACCAAGAACCCCAUUGUCUUCCAGCCACCUUCCCAGGCCCCGCCUGGGAACCCAGUCCUCCUUCCUGGCCGGAGUGUCACCAAGUCGGACUAUGUCCCCAUGACCCACCCUCGUGGGGACGAGUUCCUGCCAGGGCUGGCCAGAGGCUCCGAGCGGGAGACGGGCUUCAGCCGAGUGAAUGAGAGGACUCUGAAUCCCAGAGUGCCCGCUCCUGGUCCAGAACUAAGCAGCAUGAGCCACUGGCAAUUCCAGCCACCCCAGCGGGUACAGCAGAGAAAUGUUGCCCUCCUUGGCCGGGAAACUGUGGGGAAGAAGGAGCCCACAGGGUACAGCCUUAACAACCCUAGCUAUGUCCGGAGCCCCUCUGAGCCUGACGUGGAUAACCGAUACCUGACCACCUACAACCAAGGGUACUUCGAGAACAUUCCCAAGGGUCUAGACCGGGAAGGCUGGACUCGAGGUGGCAUCCAGCCCCAGAAGCCCGGAGGCUAUGCCCUCAACCAGCCUGUCACACGCAUGGAGGCCACCACCAACCCUACGGAGAGCCUGAGGCGCCUGCACCCCCACGUGGGAAGGUGGCAUGCCCUCCCUCCUGCUCUGUCCUGGGCCGGUUCCAGGACCCUGAUCUCAGCGGACCCCUUCUACCGCACUCCUCCGUCUCACAACAGCGGCUUCAUCCCACGCAGCUGAGCCUGAGGCCUGGGUCAGGGCUGGGGACCCCACCUGCAGCUGCUCCCUGUGUGGGGGUGGCUAUUGUGGGUCAGCCCCACCUCCCAAGCCCCGGAUCAAGGAAGCCCUGCCUGGGGACCCCAGCCCCAGACUUGGGGGUGGGCAAUUGGGGCCCUCUCAGGAGCGAGUGAGUGCACAGAAUCACCCAGAGCCCCUCAAACCUUGUCUCCAUUCCCCACAGGUUUGUCAACCCAAAGGGACAAGAGCUGGCUACUGUCCCUAUUCCCACCCCAUUGCCCGCUGGGACUCCCCUGGCGACUUUCCAAUUGGAAUAAAGAGCAGUGAAGCA